UUUCUUUCUGUUCCUCGCGGUAUUAAACCCCAGCGACGACUUGUCUGCAUGAAGAUCGUGUUAGAGUGUCGGAUGCUGUAUGCCUCUUAGUACCAAAAUCAACGGAUUUAUAUCGAGCAUGCUGACGUCGCCCCUGGCCUUCGGGCUGCACUGCGUCGGUGUCAUGGUAUCUAUCCUACAUUCUGUAGUUCUGUAUUUGUAUCUUCAAUCUGAUGUGUUUUCGAUGAGAACUGGACAGUCUUGUGAAUUAUUGCGAUGACAGUUGAAAUCUAGAAUCAAACCAACGCCGAUACCAUUUCCCUUUGCCCCAGUGUUC